CUAUAAUAAUAAUAACAGCAAUGAUGUGUAAGCAUUUAUUUAGAUUUUAUAUUCAUCUAUAUACGUGACGCACAUACAUAUGUACGUAUUAACGUAUAUGUAAAUGAUUACGUAUAUACGUAAAAUGUAGGCCUAACUUAUACCACAUUAUAUAUGAACGUGAUAUGGAUAUCAUGCAGGCUGAUGUGCGUACCUGUUAGAUUUGCUUCUUUUCUUUUCUUUUUUUUUUUUUUUUUUUUUUUUUAUUUCCUUUAGUAUCCCACGAUGCUACCAAUAAGUCAGCCGUGUAUGUAUAAUACAAUACGUACGAACCGCGCGUCCGGUGACACCGUAUAUUAUAACGAAUGAACUUUUCACAUAACUAUUGCACACGGAAAACACGAGAGAGGUGCAGCUUUCAAGAGAAAUGAGACAAAAUGCAAAAACAAAAUUGAUUAAUCAAAUAAAUUAAAUAAAAUAAAAAAUACAUACAAAUCGCACGGAGACUUUGGAACGAAGCUUACUUUACGUUAUAGAUUAAAUAAUUUUUCUUAUAAUUUUUGCUCGAAUCAAUUAACUUUUGAUCAUACGAUGAGGGAUCGAUGAAUGUUUUCAUCUUUUUUCGUUCACUCCUCAGUAUUAUGGACCAUUCUGUACCAAUAUUCUUUCUUACCUCGUUUAAAAUACUACCACCGUCAUCGUCGCCAUCGUUACGGUAAUUGAUAAUCUCGUCGUAAUCAUUAUCGGCAAUGUGUUUGGGGCGCUAGUCUGCAAAUAUUAGAUCUGCAGAAAGAAUGGAAGAUACUGUAAUUUCUAUUUCCAAGAAGUACGGCAUAGGAGACAGGGAGAUGGGUUUUACAUCACAUACAUAUUUUCAAUAAGUGUGUGAGAGAAUAAACAAGGCGAGCAGAGAAAGUGUUGGAGGAUGGAGGCGCAAGUUAACGUUGCUGCAAGAGUUUAGCACAGCAAACAUACUACUGCCUUACCUUUGCGAGUAAAGAACCAACCACCUAUAGGUGCGGAGCUGUCUGUCGCGUUGAACUCGGUUUAAAGAAAGGACACGAAGAGAAAAAAGGCAAAAAAAAUUCGACCAAAAGAAACCAUAUCAACAACAACAAAAAAAAGCAAAUAGUUUAAUCAUCGUUCGAAUGAACCACGUUUAACCGUUCCAAUUGACAUACAUCGUAUGAUAAUUACUUAUAUAUGUAUAUAUAUUAAAAAUUAUCAUAUAUCGGAUAUAUCUUUUUGCCCUAUGCAGCGUUUUUAAUUCUUCGUUGAAUUCAUUAGUAAAUAAUAUUUUGUACGUGAUUCUUCCAGCGAUCUCCCUUGUUAUAAAAUUGAUUUUUUUUUUUAAUUAUUUUUUUAAAUGUGUAAUAAUAACUGAUGCAUAAAAAAAGAGUGAUAAUCGUCAGGUGUUAAUUUUCGAGAAUUGCAAGGCUGGUAUCUUAUUAAAAUUUUUGAUAACGGUGGGUGCCAGACGAAUAAAAAAUUAAAAAAUGCUGCUGUACCUCAGCCUUUGGUUGUUGGCAGCGAUAUUCGCAGUCUGGAUUUUGGUGCAGCCAAUUUUGAGGGUAUCUCGAUCGAUGUGGGGAGUUUUCCGGAUGGUCUUCGAUUCAUCUCAAGUUGAUCUACGAUCAAAGUUUGGAAAAUGGGCAGUCGUUACCGGAUCAACCGAUGGUAUCGGCAAAGCUUACGCUAAGGAACUUGCGUCUAGGGGAUUGAAUUUGAUACUUAUUAGCCGUAACAUCGAAAAACUGGAACGAACAAGAAAAGAAAUAUUGGAAGAAUUCGACAAUAAUAAAAUUGAUGUAAGAAUAAUCGUAGCUGAUUUCAGUAAAGGAAAGGAAGUGUUUGCCCAUAUUGAAAAACAAUUAGAAGAUUUGCCAGUCGCCAUCUUGGUUAACAACGUUGGAAAACAAUACGAAUAUCCGAUGUACGUAGGCGAGGUACCAGAGAGUGAACUCUGGGAUAUAAUAAACGUGAACGUCGGUGCAACGACAUUGAUGACCCGUUUGGUUAUCGGUUCGAUGAAAAAUCGUGGAAAAGGUGCUAUCGUAAAUGUAUCCUCCGGUUCAGAACUACAGCCGUUACCUCUGAUGACAGUUUACGCAGCUACCAAGAUUUACGUAAAAAGUUUCUCCGACGCUCUGAGGGCGGAAUACUCAAGAUUUGGUAUUACCGUACAACAUUUAGCACCACUUUUUGUCAACACAAAAAUGAACGCGUUCAGUCAUAGGCUUCAGGUUUCUAGCGUUUUCGUACCAGACGCAACAACCUAUGCUAGAAAUGCUGUAGCAACAUUGGGAAAAAUUGAUUCCAGCACAGGUUAUUGGGCGCAUGGAAUUCAGCAAUUUUUCACAGUCAUACCACCGGUCUGGAUUAGGACUAAAAUCGGUCAGUUAUUAAACCAAACAUUCAGAGAAGAUUAUUUCAAGGAGAAAUCUAUUUCCUGAUUAUCGUUGAUAUUAUUAUUAUUGUUAUUCUUAUUGUUUUUUUAAAUCAUUGACCGUCCCCUUCUUUUGUGAAUGAAUUAAAUUUGCGGUUUGUUCGUUGUUUUCCUAUAAUCGCAUCAAUGUUUAAAAUAGUAAUUGAAAUAAUGUUCGAAUCCUGUUUUUAUUCCGGAUUACCGGUUAUCGUUAUUCGAUGUUCGAAUGGUCACAGAAAAAAGGGUAAGAAAAAAAUAGCUGAAAUUAAAAAGGAUUAAAUACUCAACAACAACGGUAAUAAACUUUACACAAUCGUUA